CAAACCACAACCUGCAACUCAGCAAACCGGUCGGACACUCACCAGCAACAUCCACCACAGCAGCAACAGCAGGACUUCUUUCGCCAGUUGUUCUUUUACUUGUUGAUUCUCAUUUAAGCAGAGUAUACACGAUGAGCACCUUCGAAUCGGUUAUUGUCAUUGAUGGCAAGGGACAUCUCCUUGGACGUCUCGCUUCCAUCAUCGCCAAGCAGCUUCUCAACGGCCAGAAGAUUGUCGUUGUCAGAACUGAGGAUCUCAACAUCUCUGGCGAGUUCUUCCGUGCUAAGCUCAAAUACCACGCCUACCUCCGCAAGGGAACCCGCUACAACAAGACCCGUGGUCCCUUCCACUUCCGUGCCCCUUCGCGCAUCUUGUACAAGACCAUCCGCGGAAUGAUCGCCCACAAGACCGCCCGUGGCAAGGCCGCUCUCGAGCGCCUAAAAGUUUUCGAGGGUGUCCCCCCACCAUACGACAAGAAGAAGCGCGUCGUUGUCCCCCAGGCCCUCCGUGUCCUGAGACUGAAGCCUGGCCGCAAAUACACCACCGUCGGCCGGUUGAGCCACGAGGUCGGCUGGAAGUACCAGGACGUUGUCUCCCGUCUUGAGGAGCGACGAAAGGUCAAGUCGGCUGCUUUCUACGCCAAGAAGAAGGCUGAGGCUGCUAAGGUCUCUGCCGUCAAGAAGGAGGUUGCUGGUGAGGUCAGCGAGAAGCUGGUGGCGUUGGGUUACUAGAUAUGUACUUGAAAAAAAAAGUGUGUGUGUUUUUGAGCAGUGCGGCCGGGAACAAGCGAAGAGACGGAAAAGGAGUGUUUAAAAUGGGCAUAUUAUACAUACUAUAAUGGUUUUCCUUGUCUUUUUAAGCGCUUUAUUUUUGUAAUUUAUGUAUCUAUCGAUAUGAACAACAACUUUACUAUUUAAGAAAGAGU